AUGGGCAAGAAGAAGCCCGACGACGCUGUCGUCCGAGUUUCGGGCCAGUCCAACGAACCGCUGUCCCGUCCGAUUCACGCUCUCACCGUCGAGCAAUUCCUCGAGGAGAUCAAGGGCGAUGCCCAAGAUGGUCUUACCUCUGACGAGGCCCGUAAACGCCUGGAACAGUACGGCAACAAUGAUUUCGGUGAGGGCGAGGGCGUCUCGCCCCUCAAAAUCUUCAUUGCGCAGAUUGCCAAUGCCAUGACUCUAGUCUUGAUACUGGCCAUGGGAGCCAGUUUCGGGAUCGAGUCCUGGAUUGAAGGCGCCGUUAUUGGUGCCGUCAUCCUGCUCAACAUCGUCGUCGGUUUCUGGCAAGAGUUCAAGGCUGCCAAGACCCUCGACUCUCUCCGGUCUUUGAGCUCGCCCACCGCCCGUGUGAUCCGUGACGGUGCCAACAUCACCAUUCCCACCGCUGAGAUUGUUCCUGGUGACAUGGUUGAGCUCAAGACUGGUGAUACAAUUCCCGCUGAUACCAGACUCGUUGAGGCUGUCAACUUCGAGACCGACGAGGCCCUCCUUACCGGAGAGUCUCUCCCUGUCCGCAAGGAGGUUGACCGUGUGUUUGACGACGACACCGGCCCUGGUGACCGUCUCAACGUCGCCUACAGUUCCUCCACUGUUACCAAGGGACGCGCUCGCGGUAUUGUGUUUGCUACCGGUCUGGCUACUGAAAUUGGUAUGAUCGCCGCUGCCCUUCGUGACAAAAAGUCCAAACGCCGCCCUGUGAAGCGCAAGGAGGAUGGCACCGCUUCGCCGCUCCGCCACGCGCAGGCGUGGACUCUUACCUUUUCCGACAUGGUUGGCCGCUUCCUCGGCGUCAACGUUGGCACACCGCUGCAGCGCAAACUUUCCCAGCUCGCCGUGUUUUUGUUCUUUGUAGCCAUCGUCUGCACCAUCAUCGUUUUGGCGGCCAACUUCUUCAGGCCCAGACAGGAGGUGAUCAUCUAUGCUGUCGCUACGGGUGUCAGUAUGUUGCCCGCGUCGCUGGUCGUAGUUCUCACAAUCACAAUGGCUGCCGGUACCAAGCGCAUGGUACAACGUAACGUUAUUGUCCGUAACCUCAAGAGUCUGGAGGCACUGGGUGGAGUCACGAACAUUUGCUCCGACAAGACGGGUACUCUGACCCAAGGCAAGAUGGUGGUCAGAAAGUCGUGGGUGCCAGGCCGUGGAACCUAUAGUGUGGGCACGACGAACGAGCCUUUCAACCCCACCGUCGGCAAUCUCAGCCUGAACUCCAAGGAGCCUCGGGAAAUCCCUACCGGCCAACAGGACACAGAGAGCGCGGGUUUCGACGCCCCUAAGGCAACUGAGGACCCAACCCUGCGGACAUAUCUCAACAUUGCAUCGCUGGCCAAUCUGGCCAAUGUACACAAGACUGGAGACGAAUGGCACGCUCGCGGUGACCCCACUGAGAUUGCCAUCCAGGUGUAUGCUUCCAGGUUCAACUGGAACAGGUUGCGCCUCGCAGGUGGUGAAAAUCCCGAGUGGCGCCAGGUGACUGAGUUCCCCUUCGACUCGGACACCAAGAAGAUGUCGGUGAUCUUCCAGCAUGUUGCCAGCCACGACCUGCACGUUUUCACCAAGGGCGCUGUCGAGCGUGUUAUUUCAUCAUGCAAGACGAUCGCCAUCGGAGGCGAGGAGGGCGAAGAGACAAACAUCGUGCCUAUUACCGACGACCACGUGGCCGACAUUAUGAAAAACAUGGAGGCCAUGGCACGCAUGGGUCUCCGCGUCCUCGCUUUCGCAAACCGCGAGAACGUCCGCGAGAUCAGUGAGAAGGAGCAGCCUGAGCGUAACGAAUUCGAGGCAGAAUUGACCUUCCGUGGACUGAUCGGCCUUUACGACCCUCCUCGGCCCGAGUCCGCCGAGAGCGUCCGGCUGUGCCAGCAGGCCGGUAUCUCGGUACACAUGCUCACGGGCGACCACCCCGAGACCGCCCGCGCCAUCGCCAUCGAGGUCGGCAUCUUGCCCAGGACCCGCAUGGCCGAGGUCUCGGAGCGCACGGCCAAGACCAUGGUCAUGGCCGCGUCCGAGUUUGACAGGCUUACUGAUAACGAGGUCGACGCGCUGCCAAACCUUCCUUUGGUCGUGGCAAGGUGUGCACCCAACACCAAGGUCAGGAUGAUCAGCGCUCUCCACCGUCGUGGUCGGUUCGUCGCCAUGACCGGAGACGGCGUCAACGACAGCCCUUCGCUCAAGUCGGCCGACGUCGGUAUUGCCAUGGGUCAAGCCGGUUCUGAUGUGGCCAAGGAGGCUGCAGACAUUGUCCUGACUGACGACAACUUUGCAUCCAUUCUCAAUGCCGUCGAAGAAGGUCGUCGCAUGUUUGACAACAUCCAAAAGUUCAUCCUCCACGUUUUGGCCGAGAACAUUGCUCAGGCGUGUACUCUUCUCGUCGGUCUCGUUUUCAAGGACCACACCGGCAUCUCAGUUUUCCCCCUCGCACCCGUCGAAGUUCUCUGGGUCAUCAUGGUCACCUCGGGCUUGCCUGAUAUGGGUCUGGGUUUUGAGCUUGCCUCGCCCGACAUUCUCACCCGGCCACCCCAGAAUCUUAAAAUCGGCGUGUUCACCACCGAGCUUCUUCUGGACAUGACGGUCUACGGCCUCUGGAUGUCGGCCUGCUGCUUGUCCGCGUUCGUCGUGGUCGUGUACGGGUUCGGCGACGGACAACUGGGCGACAACUGCAACACGCACUACUCACCCCAGUGCGAGCUGGUGUUCCGCGCGAGAGCUACCACGUUCGCCUGUCUGACCUGGUUCGCUCUGUUCCUGGCCUGGCAGGUCGUCCACCCGCGCCGCUCCUUCUUCAACCUCAGGUCCUCGGGAGGGCCGUUCCUGACGCGCUGGAUCCGCGACGUUUGGAAGAACCGCUUCCUGUUCUGGGCCAUCGUCGUCGGCUUCGUCACCAUCUUCCCCACCAUGUACAUCCCCGUGGUCAACCGCGAGGUGUUCAAGCACGAGGGCAUCACGUGGGAGUGGGUCGUCGUCAUCGUCGAGCUGAUCCUCUUUUUCGCCGGCGCCGAGGGCUGGAAGUGGGCAAAGCGCGUCUGGUACCGCAGGCGAGACGCCAGGAAGAACCCGGACCACGACAAGGGCGACCUCGAGUCCAGGGUCUUCAGCAUCUACCUGCAGGACGGCGUCGGCCAGCAGGGAGAGGAGGCCCCGCGCCGGCAGGACCCCAACGGCAAACGCCCGAGCAACCAAGGUGCCAGUAGCGGCUCCGGCGAGAGCACCAACGAGAAAGCUCAAUGA